CGCGCCGGAUAAGGCAGAGGCUGGCGGCUGCGCCCUGGGCUAUGGGGCCGCGGCCGGGCUAAGGCUCGGCGAUGUCGGGCUACACGCGGCGGCCGGGCGCGCCCCCAUUAUCGCGGACGCGAAGCCUCGUGGUUCCCGACGCUCCUGCGUUCUAUGAGCGCCGGUCUUGUCUCCCCCAGCUAGACUGUGAGCGCCCCCAUGGCGGGGACCUGCAGCCCCACCUCUUCGGCUUUCGGCCGACGUUUAUGUGCUAUGUGCCCAGCCCGGUGCUGGCUUCGGUAGGAGACACAGAUUUUGGCUAUGGAAAGGGAAAAUGUACUAAGCCAGGUCCGUCGGGAGCCCAUGAAACACGCUUUGGAGGUGACAAACUUGAAGACCUAGAAGAAGCCAACCCAUUCUCCUUCAAAGAGUUUCUGAAAACCAAGAACCUUAGCCUGUCAAAAGAAGACACGACCAACAGUCGAAUUUACCCGAAGGAAGCUUCACGGCACCCACUGGGACUAGACCACAGCUCCCCUGCCUCCCAGCCUGUGGGAUAUGGCCUGGAAUAUCAGCAGCCAUUUUUUGAAGAUCCAACAAGAGCCAACAACCUAGAGGAGGAUGAAGAUGAUGAUGGAUGGAAUGGAGCCUACCUGCCAUCUGCCAUGGAGCAGACUCAUUUCUCUAGAGCCACAGAGAAUUCAUCACCCUGUGGCACCUACCUUUCCUUUUUUUCCAACGCAUCAGAGCUGGCAGGUCCUGAGUCUUUGCCCCCAUGGACGCUGAGUGACACUGAAUCAAGGGUCUCCCCGGCAUCUCCAGCUGGGAGUCCUAAUGCAGACUUUGCAGCCCAUGGAGAGUCCCUAGGAGACAGACACCUGCGGACGCUGCAGAUAAGUUAUGAAGCACUGAAAGAUGAAAAUUCUAAACUCAGAAGAAAGCUAAAUGAGGUUCAGAGCUUCUCUGAAACUCAAACAGAAAUGGUGAGGACGCUCGAACGAAAAUUGGAAGCGAAGAUGAUCAAGGAGGAGAGUGACUUCCGUGACCUGGAGUCGGUGGUACAGCAAGUCGAACAGAACCUCGAACUGAUGACCAAACGAGCUAUAAAAGCAGAAAAUCAUGUCAUGAAGCUGAAACAGGAAAUAAGUUUGCUCCAGGUACAGCUCUCCAACUUCAAGCGAGAAAAUGAAGCCCUGAGGUCAGGCCAGGGCGCCAGUCUUACAGUAGUGAAGCAGAACACCGAUGCGGCCUUGCAGAACCUCCAUGUUGUCAUGAACAGUGCACAUGCAUCCAUAAAGCAGCUGGUGUCUGGAGCAGAGACACUGAACCUUGUUGCUGAAAUCCUUAAGUCUAUCGACAGAAUUACCGAAGUUAAAGAUGAAACAGACUCUUGAGAAGCACUAGCUGCCACCAGUUCCUACCACCUCUGCACGGAAGUCACCACACGUCUUCCAAAUGUGCUCCUAACUAUGCAGUUGUUCAAAGCAUUCCACGGCCUAACCAGUGUUCCUGGCCACCUGCAGUACGCGGCUUCUUUCCACCAGCUGCACAUAACAGUUUACAUGCAGUCCUUUGGGGAAAGCCCCACUAUUUGAUAGACUCACUGAUUCACUGGAAGACAUUUUUAUAAAAUCCAGCAAUUUUUAGAAACCACUAAAGCUGAAACAGCACUUUUGUAAGAAGCUUCUUCCACUGUCCUCUCACAUUUACCUGAAGGAUGAGCUCAGGCUCAGCCUCUACUUUUUUAAGCUGAACACUAAGUGAGCCAGUGUGGAAGUAAGCAUCCUGUACAGGGAUUUGUGCUGUUAUUCAGUGCCUCGCUAACUGAUGGUUGACAUUGUGCCUUUAACAGUGGCUCCUGCAGUCAGCAGCCUCACCUGAGGCAGCACCACUUGGUAGAUGCUGCUGUCCUCCCCCCGGGACCAUAUGAACAAGGUCACAGAUUGCAAAGCUUUAUAAACUCACUGCUGUGAGCCUUCGGCUUUGGAAAGCCAUUUGGACCUGUCACUUGAUGCAUGUUAUGUGUCAAUGUGCCUUUUGCACAGUGCAGUUCAAACGGGCAUAAAGUGCACACCCGAUGUCAUCGCCAGGUUUCUGGGCUGUCUGACUAUUUUUCCAAGGACAAGAAAGACGUAAUAGCACCCUGUGUGCUGUGCUGAGGGGUAGGGGUUUGGGGGCCAUUUUCCUAUAGAAUUUUUUUUUAAUUUUUCCUUUUCCCCUCCUAUUGAGAUCAACAGCUUUCUUGUCUAAAUAAAUCCUGAAGAUCA